AUGAAUAGGGUAAGAAGAAAGGUUAAUUUUGACUAUAUGUUUUCCGUGGAACCCCGGGACUUGUCCGGUGGUCUUUGGAGUUUUCGUGUACGGGAAUCCAGUUUUCCAAAAGCGAAGGAAACUGUUGUAGGAGCUUACGGGGCGCAAGAAGAGGAGAUUUAUCAACUUAUCCAUAUUAUAAACAAAUAUACAGAGGCAUCAGGACAGAGAAUUAACACGGACAAGUCCGGGCUGAUUUUUGGAAGGCAGGUACCAAUACAAAGGAGGGUGAACAUUGAGGAGAUCACUGGAAUGAACUCAUGGGAGGAUUCGGGAAGAUACCUAGGACUCCCAGCAAGAUGGAGAAGAUCCAAGAAUAAGGCAUUGGAGUGGAUACAGGAGAAAAUUCUUGACAAGAUGCAAGGAUGGAAGGAGAAACUAUUAAAUCAAGCCGGAAAGGAGGUUUUAAUAAAAGCAGUAAUACAGGCGAUUCCUGUCUAUGCCAUGAAUAUCAUUAAAUUUUCUAAAUCUUUUUGCAAGAGAAUUGAAGCAGCAAUAGCCAGAUUUUGGUAG